AAACCACUCUUAUUCAUUAUACUUGAAAUCUGGAAAACAGAGUUUAUAUAUAAGGAGAGGGAAUGGAUACAAGGCUUUUAGAAAUUAAUGAUGACUCAGCAAAUCUAACCCCAAAUCCCCGUUAUGACUUGGAGUGUCCAACACAGACAAACUUGAAUAGAUCAAAUUAAAAGUAUGAUUUACUCACUCUUUUUUGCUCAGUUACAACAUUUUAGGGCUAGCCACUUAGCGUAAUGGUUUAGGCUUUUUAUAUUGCCAUUGACCGCCUUUGUUUUUUUGUAUUUUUGAAAUCUCAGAGUAGAACUUAAAUGGAGGAAAAAGAGAAGAAAAUGUUCUCGUCAACAUUAGAAUGAUCAGUGAUCUGAUUUUUUUCAAAAACCCUAAAAUUGUCAACAAAAUGAAAAUCAAAAUCUCAUAUUUGAAAUUGGAAACCAAUGCAGCGAUUGUUGAAUCUGUGACAGUGCUCAUAAUCUUGGUUAAGUUCUUAUCAUUAACAAUAACAACAAUAGCAGUAGCAGAAAGUUGUAAAAUACCAGCGAUUUACAAUUUCGGGGACUCAAAUUCUGAUACUGGUUCUGAUUCUUCUGUAUUUGGGCGUGUUUCUUCCCCAAAUGGUAUUACUUAUUUUGGGAAACCUUCUGGAAGGUAUUGCGAUGGCCGCCUUAUCAUUGAUUUUAUUGCUGAGGAGUUAGAAUUGCCAUAUUUAAGUUCAUAUCUAGAUGCAAUUGAAGGGAACUUUCGACAUGGAGCAAAUUUUGCUGCUUUCGGAGCUCCAAUUCAGCCAGUUAAUGCUAACAUUUAUGGCAACCUUUUCAAUCCUUUGGCCCUCAACAUUCAGCUUUUGCAAUUUCAGCAAUUAAAGGAGCGCAUUGGUGAGCUACGAAAGCAAGCUAAUAGUUCGAUUAAUAGAAGCCGGUUGCCAAGACUUGAAGAUUUCUCCAAGGCACUUUACACAUUUGAUAUGGGGCAAAACGAUAUAACAAUUGCAUUAGCGUCAUCAACUGAGGAUCAAAGUCGCGAAAUGAUUCCUAAGCUAAUUGAGUACUUGGCUUCAGCCAUUGAGAAUGUGUAUCAACUUGGAGGAAGGAGAUUUUGGAUACAUAACACAGGACCUAUCGGUUGCUUGCCACAUUCACGUAACACUUGGAUCGGUAAAUUUGAUGCAAUUGGUUGUGUCAGUUCUAAAAACAACGUAGCUCAAGAAUUCAACAGGCUUCUCAAGCAAAAGGUGUCUGAACUACGAGUUCAACUUCAACAGUCACUUCUUGUAUAUGUGGAUAUCUACUCUGCCAAAUAUAAUCUUAUCAGGGAAGCCAAGCAAAAUGGAUUUAUAGAUUCUUUCAGCUACUGUUGCGAGGAAUGCAGAAAAUAUGUACCGUACUGGAACAGACAAGUUGUGAAUGAGACUGAGGUUCAUGAUACUCCUUGUGAUAACCCCUCUAGAUACGUUUUCUGGGAGACAGUGCAUUACACUGAGGCUGCAAAUCGUUGGGUUGCCAAUCAGAUUUUCGAUGGAUCUCUUUCAGAACCUCCUAUUCCGAUCUCUAAAUCAUGUGCAUUUGAAAAGGCAAAUGCUAAAUCAAACGAAAAUAGCAUUUCGGUAUCAUGAUUUAUGUGGUUAUCUUUUAGAUUUUGUAUUGCUUGUAUAUUGAUCUUAAAAAAGCUUAGUUAAAUAAUAUUCAUUAUUAUAUUUAUUUGUAUCAUAUCAUAUACAUAUUAUAAUGUAGGAAAACUUUGUCACAUGUCACACUAUCAAAGAAUAUUUGACGCUCAAAUGCUCAUUCCAUGUUUUGCUUCAUUAUC